GUUGCGGGAUCCACUUCCGGGGGAGCGGCGCGGCGGCGCGGGAGUUGGCUCUAGAGAGUGGUGAAUCAGAAGUGACCUCAGGCAGCGGGCGGCUUGGGCCAUGGCCUCCGACCUGGACUUCUCACCUCCCGAGGUGCCCGAGCCCACUUUCCUGGAGAACCUGCUACGGUACGGACUCUUCCUGGGGGCCAUCUUCCAGCUCAUCUGUGUGCUGGCCAUCAUCGUACCCAUCCCCAAGUCCCACGAGGCGGAGGCAGAACCAUCUGAGCCCAGAAGUGCUGAGGUGACGAGGAAGCCCAAGGCGACUGUUCCUUCCACGAACAAGAGGCCCAAGAAGGAGACCAAGAAGAAGCGGUAGAAGAGGAGGCCUGAGGAGCCAGGCGGGCAGGCAAGCGUGUGGGCCAGCCCUCCAGCAAUCAGCCUCCCGCUCCUCCUCUCCGUCCCAGGCUCAGGGCCAGAGAUGGCUGCGACACCCUCUGACCACAGAGAUCUGGACAGUCAUGACAGUCCCCAGGCUCCCGCUGGGCAGACCACCACUUCCUCUUCCUUCUGCUGCCAUGACGGUUUAGUAGAGUCAAGGGGACCGACACAUGCUGUGAGCAAAACAGUGUUAGGAGGUUUGUUCAGAAGUCAGGUCAGCUCACAGAGUCACAUUUUCUCACUUAAUCAUGGAGUCCAGCCUUUAGUCACCCCCCUUGUGGGUUUACACUACGUUUUGGAAUCAUUAUCUAAUCCCGACAAGCACGCCCUCUCCCAUUAUGUGUGUGCCGCAGAUCUCCUGCCAGUCACCUUUGUCUCUGCUUGUGUGGACGGAGCCAGGCCUCACCUGGUAGUCUCAGUCAGGAUGCCAUGGCCACGCGGUGCUAGUGAUCCCGCCAGCUGUGACAGCCAGGUCUGGAAAAGGCUGGCGUGAGCACCUGGGGAAGGCCUGGGCCAGGGUGAUGCCUGUUCCUCCUCCAGCAGGUGGAAGGGAUUUGGCUGGAUGAGUGCAUGUCUCUUGGCACAGACUUCCCAGCCUCUGCCCUGAGAGGCUUGUCAAUUUCAGACCAACCCCUUUCCAAGCCAUCCCAGCAUGUUCCAGGUGUGCCUUUUGACUUCCACCUCUGCAUCCCCCCUCAAUUCUUUUAUUCCCUGCCCAGUGAGGAGACCUUACUGGGGGAGAAAGGGUCAAUAAACUGUCCUGCAUGCUGAA